AUGGCGAUGGUUGUACAACAAUCAAAGGAGAACCCCCCGCCCGCCUCACUGGAGAGUUUCCCUAGCAAGGGCCCUGGAGCAAGUGGGGCUACAGAAGUUUCCCACAGGGCUGUGCGCGGCGCGGAAGGCUCAAACACUCACGCUACCGCUGGUUGCCAGGGGACACUUCACAGCCACCUCCUCCAAUCAGGACUCAUCUCUCUGUGCCCAAUCACAGAAGCCAAGAGAGCUGUAGUCGGAGGUGAAAGGUCACGCUGCUGUUUGGCGGCCAUUUCUCUGGAGGUUCCGCGAUUCGCGCCCAACUGUAGCUACUCCAGUCACGAGGGACGGACGACAGCUGGGUCGGCGGCGAGUGGCCUGCGGCAUUUGCUUAUAGUCGCGAUGAGUUUGCCCCUCAAUCCCAAACCUUUCCUGAAUGGAUUAACAGGAAAGCCAGUAAUGGUGAAACUUAAAUGGGGAAUGGAGUACAAAGGCUACCUGGUAUCUGUAGAUGGCUAUAUGAACAUGCAGCUUGCAAACACAGAAGAAUACAUAGAUGGAGCAUUGUCUGGACAUUUGGGUGAAGUUUUAAUAAGGUGUAAUAAUGUCCUUUAUAUCAGGGGUGUUGAAGAAGAGGAAGAAGAUGGGGAAAUGAGAGAAUAGCAUCUUUUGUGGGGAAUUUUUUUUAUAUAUAUUUCUAGACAAUAAACUUUUUUUUUUCAA